CCCUCUUCCCCAAAAAUUCAUGUUCCUCUAUUCUGUUCCUUUGCCUUUAUUGUGUUCCUUUGACUCCCAGAUCAUUAGUGAAAUAUUAAUGCUGGGCGAAUGCGAUGCAAUGGGUUCCAGCAGCACUCCUCGGACCAUGGAUAUGACAGAUAUCCCGAUAUAGUUCUUCCACCCGAAUAGACAGGUCGGUUCUUCCGUAUAUCUAUUUGAGUGUGUCGAGCAGUCUCACUUGUCUCCUACAUUUCUUUGGCUCGAGGCGGUUUCAUGCAUUUUUUGUUUUCUUUCGGCAAUCCCAGCCAUCUUUUGCUAACGUACGCGUGCUUCUCUUACGUGGUUAGCAUAAUACAAUCCAAUACAGACGAUAGAAAGACUGUGUGUAACAGGACACAACAUCUGUCUCACUAUUGCCAGUAUCUGAGAAGGUAUGGAGUAUCUCAUACCGUUGACUGCGUAGGAUCUUUUCCCCAUGCAAUUCGUCUAAGACUAAAGCCUUUCGCUUUUCCACAAACUUUUGAUAUCUUGGAGUGAUCAAUUGCGUAGUAUGUUAUUUCCAGUCUACUUUUCACAAGUAAGAGUAUUUGAUGCGCCCCUGUCGUCACGCUUGAAGUUUCUGCAAAUGUUGUAUCUCAAUGGCAAUUAAGGGAAAUUUUACGAAGCUCCAAUAUCUCAGCAUAUCAUGAAGCAUUGAAAUACUUAAACAAUCUGGAAACCUUGUCUCCCAUUUUAUUUUCAUUGGAUCAAGCGGUUCGGGAGCCACAUCCUCGCGAAACUCUACCGCUGUAGGUUGUCUCGCCUGGGACAACAUCCACUAAAUCCGAACAUCCAGGUGCCCACACGUCCACUCGCAUCCUGGAGACUUAGCGCGGAGGUUCCAUCACCCCGCGUCUCCGCAUUUCCACUCACUGUAAUAGUUCCAUGACCGACCCAUGCAAUGUUACGCCCACAGAAUUUCAAUCUCGGUACAAAUGAGGGACAAGUGACACGAUUGCGGUGGAAUAGGAGAAAGUUAGUGGUGUACUCGGUGGAAUUCUUACCCUAGACGAAGCGGCACGUCUUGUGCCCGCAAACCCGAAGAAGGACCCUGAAAGUUCUACCUAUCAUAAAUUAUUGUUUAAAUAUACGAUCAGACCGCGAUGGACGGCUGGUGAUGAUAUUUUAGAUCUGUACAGACACUUAGUUCGCCUCUCAACUACAUUCUUAUCUCUUCUUCGAUUAUAGUCCAGUAGCAAUGUCCUUCGACGGCAAUAUCGACACCACAGAGGUAGUCAUCGCUGGAUGCGGUCCGACUGGUGGUCUUCUAUCAGCUCUCCUUGGCAAAUUCGGCGUCAAGAACAUUGUUCUGGAGAAAGAACCUGAAAUCGUGAAUGACCCGCGUGGGAUUACACUUGACGAAGAUGGCCUUAGACUUUUGCAGGAGGUUGGGCUCUACGACAAGAUCUACACCGAAAUGGGAUCAUCAAUCGGAAUUCUUAAUUUUAUAACAAGUGGACAUGAUUUGUCUGAGAAGCCUUUUAUGAUCAUGAACAUGCACACAACUGAGGGUGGAACUGGGCACGUUGGUAUCAUCACUCAUCGUCAGCCAAUUAUGGAAAAGUAUCUCCGACUCAGCGCGGCCCGUCAUCCAUGUUGCGAACUGAGGUUAUCUUGUAACGUCAUCCACAUCGAGGAAGACAAAGACUGGGUCUACUGUGAGUACGAAGAUGCCAAUGGAAAGAGGAAGAGGAUCCGGUCGAAAUUCUUUGUCGGUUGCGAUGGUAAGCGUGGCUACACAAGGAAGAAGUAUUUGGAGCCUAAAGGGGUGAUCAUGGAGCAAGCUUCAGCAUUUGGGUACAACGAAACAUGGGUAGCGCUCAACAUUAGAAUCACCCCACCGACACCAGAAACUCACCCGGAUUUGCCUCUCUGGAAGCUGGGCUACAAACCGGAGGAUGUAUACGACCUUUUCUUUCCUAAGGAUUUUAGAUUUCUCUGCAAUUCUGUUCGAGCUGCCAUAUGCUCCAGAUUCGGUACCGGUGUCGAGCGGUUGUGGAGAUUUGAGUUCGUGGUUCACAGGCACGAAGAUCCGAUUGCUAUGGCAGCAGAGAAUGAGAUCAAAAAGAUUGUCAUGCCAUACUUGACACAUCCCGGUUCAAGAUACGGCUGCGACCAGCCUGUUACUUUUCCAUACGAUUGUAUCGAGAUUCUCCGAUCAAGACCUUUCGGAUUUUCCGCCCGGAGCUGCAACAAAUGGGCAGUGGGCAGAGUCAUGUUAGCAGGAGACUCUGCACAUGUCUUUCCGCCAUUUGGCGGCCAAGGAAUAUCCUCAGGCUUUCGAGACUCCUCUAGCCUAGCCUGGCGGCUCGCAUUAGCAACCCGAGAACCCACCAGCAAUCACGAGCAAAUACUCUCAGGGUGGUAUCGGGAGCGCCUUCAGCAGUUGAAACGCUCUCUUGCCACGACAAUCGACAAUGGCAGGCUAUGUACCGAGGGCAAUACCUGGAGGUUCGUUUUCAUGAAACUUCUCCUUCGCUUCAUGCAACUCAUCCCGCCCUUGAACAGGAAGCUGGAAGCUGGACCGAGAGGCCAAGGCAUGAUUCGCUACAAGGCAGAAGAGGGGUUGCCUUUCCUGAGAGAGUUCCACGGAGGAAUCAGCUUGCCACAAGUCUACUGUGCUUCUUUGAUGUCUUGCUCGAAGGAGUUGCGCGUGCAGUUCACUGACAAUGUGAUCUUUGCACCAAGCAAAAAAGGAAUGUUCCAGGUCUUGGUGCUUCUGAAAAAUCUUUCGGAGUUGACCUCCUUCAAGUCCGCACUGAGUGGAAUUGAUAAGAUGUCAGGCGGUUUUCUUUCUGAGAAGGAAGCAACCUUUCUGGUUCAGGAUUCUAAAGUCAAGAGUUCUGGGACAACUGUUGGAGACGACGUUUAUCGACUUGCCACAGGCGAGGAAUUUGCAGCUGAUGAAGAUCUCUGCAGAGGUCGCCCAGUACCACAGUAUUACGACAUGUAUCGGAUUGGGACGGACUUGGGUGGCAUGACUUUCAUUAUUGUACGACCUGAUAAGUUUGUCUAUGCUGCUUGCAAAACGGCAGUGGAGUUACAUCGGAUAUGUGGGGGGAUUCGGAAAACCCUCGGGCUUCAGUAGAUCUGUUCGGGCUACGGCAUUUGUAUGCUAUCAAGGAACUCUUUUUCCAAGGUCUAUACAAUAUUUUUAAUAGCUAUCUCAAAGGGGUUCUCUAAUGAUAAUAAACCGCAACAUGGCAAUUUUUCAUUGCAUCUUCCAAAGCACUUCUCGCUUUCAGUAUGCUAUGCCUGUUCGGAUAUCCACCAAGCACCGACUUCCAGAACAAUUUCCCUCCCUAAUACACAGAUUCUCAAACACUUCCUUCAAAUCGCU